AGGUCAUAAUCUAGCUCAAAUCACGAGCCAGCGUUUAAAUAUUUCCUUUCAUGUGAAAUUUACAAUUCGUGAAUACGGACACUUAGUUUAAGAAUAUGGUUAGGCAAACCUUCUUGUGGAUUUUGAUAUUAAGUCUUGCAAAACUUAUACAUUGUCAGAAUAAUAUUGUGUUUGGGGACUUUAUGAAAGAGCUCAAUCAGGCUCAAAAUAAUCGUCAAUCUGUUGAGAGGUAUUCAAAAGAACUUAACAGAGUUCGAAAUGCUGUGAAGAGGACUACCGACAAACAUGAAGCCGCAGGAUAUUCCACAACAACUGAUGACACCAUCAAGCAAGCUGCAUUCCUUAUAGGUGAAAGUCUGGCAGCACCCGAAUACAACGUUAGCGAAGAAUGUACCAAUAGCACCAACAUUGUUUUACAAGAAUUAACCGCAGGCCAGACGUGGGCAGUACAAAUGAUCGAUGCCGCCGGAAAGCCUCCUAGCGGUCUGUUCGACCUUCACACUACAUGGCUUGGGGAUUGGGAGGAAUGUCUAGUCAUCGAGCCGUUAGUGAAUGACACGAGAACGAACAUCUCAUACAAGCCGUUUGAUACACAGUACUGCACGGCUGUAUUUCCGGUUGGAACGAAAGGCUCCGCCGCCUCAGUGCUGACUGGCGGAAAUGUUAUUAACCUGAGGGUUGGUGUGUGUGUCCCCCUGACAUGUUCCAACUGGUCUACUGCCAUCCUGAUCCAUAAUGCACUUCAAGCCAUUCCUUCGAAUAUAACCAAAGAUAUCGUUGGGCCUUAUGUGACAUGUCAGCAAAAUUAUCUUCCAUGGUCAUCGAACGCUAUAGUCGUGCUCGUCAUUUGCGGACUGUUUGCCCUCGUCAUGUUAGCUGCAACUGCGUAUGACGUCAUGAUCCAGCAAGUGCUUAAUGAACCACCAAAAGGAUACUCAACCGUGGCUUCAAGCAAUCACGAAAACUACAACAAUCACAACUUAAGAAUGGACGGUAACACCGGAAAUGGAUAUGGGUCCAAUGGCAACUUACGUAAUGAUCACGUGAUAGACGAAGCUAUGGCCAUUUUAGAAGGCUCUGCUGGAAGAGUUUCACACUCAGGCAGAGAUAUGGACAAGGUAGAACACGGCGAACAUAGAUUGAAAAAAUAUCAGCCAGGCAAAGGUGGUCGCCUCCUUUUAUCAUUCUCUGUCUAUACAAAUGCGCAGAAGAUAUUGAGUACAAGCCAACCUGCAAAGACUUUGACCAGCAUCAACGGCAUUAGAUUCAUUAGCAUGUUGUGGGUUGUCUUUGGUCAUACGUACAGUGCUGGUACAGCCAUAAUAGAUAACGGUGCAACAUUUCUACCGGUAGUGUUCAAACGAUUCACCUAUCAAGUAAUUGUUAAUGCAACCUUUGCCGUGGAUACCUUCUUUGUUUUGAGCGGACUCCUGGUUGCUUAUCUUACGCUGAGAGAAAUGAAGAAACGUGGAGGUGCUAAGAAGUUCAACUGGGGAAUGUUCUACUUUCAUCGAUUCUGGAGGCUGACACCCCCAUACAUGUUGUUUCUGAUGUUCUACAUUUCGUUGUUCAAACACUGGGGGAAUGGUCCACUCUGGCCCCAGCAAGGGAUUGAGAUCAACGAUUGUAAAGAUACUUGGUGGACGAAUCUUUUGUAUAUCAACAACCUCGUUCGAACAGAUGAGAUGUGCAUAGGUUGGUCAUGGUACCUCUCGAACGAUAUGCAGUUCUACAUUAUAAGUCCGAUAAUGCUAAUACUACUGUACACUUCGCGAAAAUGGGGAACUAUCUGUUGCGGCUCAUUUGUACUUCUGAAUUUUAUCAUUGCCGGUGUGCUAUCAAAGAUUCACCACUUAACGGCAAACUUUACUCUUGAGAACGCCGGUGGAGACUAUUAUGACCUGCUGUAUAUCAAGCCCUGGUGCAGGGUAGGGCCAUACGCGGUUGGCAUAUUCACAGGAUAUGUUCUUUACCGUACUGACUGCAAAGUUAAGAUUCCUAAGGUGUGGAAUCUGUUUGGAUGGGCCAUAGCCACAGCAGUUGCUCUUGCUAUACUAUAUGGACUGUGGACGACUGAAACGACACCGAAACUCGGAGAGAACAUGUCGGCACUUUACAAUGCGACAUCCAGAACAGCAUGGGGUGCUUGCAUUGCAUGGGUUAUAUUCUCAUGCGCAACAGGACAUGGUGGUCCCGUGAACGCCCUCCUGUCCUGGAAGGCCAUUAUUCCAUUGAGUCGGUUGACCUACUGCUGUUACCUCGUACAUCCGGUGGUUAUGUUCACGUACUAUUACAGUCGACGGACUCUUAUGCAUUGGUAUGACCUGGAUCUGAGUUACCUAUUCCUGGGAAACCUUUGUUUUUCAUAUGCGGUUGCUUUUAUUGUCUCCCUUGCCUUUGAGUCACCCAUGAUGGGAUUGGAAAAAGUAGUGCUUGGCCGAGGAAAGAACAGCUAGAUCAGUCAUAGUCCUAAAUAACUUUAUAUUUUCUAGUUCCUGAAAAUGUAUACCAAUGUAUGUUCUUGUUUUGAUUUCUUCUCUUUUUUUACAAGAAUCAUUCAAUGCCUAGCUAGUGAAUAUAUUAAAUUGUUUUGAAUAUUGAUUGCUAAUUUUUUAAAGGAACAUAUACCAGUUACAUGUUUACCAGUAACAUGUUUUUAUCUACUGAAUCUGUUGAAAAGUUAUUAGACAUUACAUGAAAAUGUGUAGCAUGGUUUUAUUCUGCAAUUGACAAUGCAAUAUAUCGGACAUUUUCGCCACUCGUGAAAAUAUGUUUUUCUAUGACACUCGUGAAAUAAAAUACGAUCUUACACUAAAAGAAACAAUUAUCCGGUACAUAUUUAUGCUAUUGAAAUGCAUUAAACUGAUAAUUUGAUUAUCUUAUUUCCGAUGUAGCGUGUGUGCAAUUUGAAUACGGAACAAUUCUGUUUAUACCGGUUAGUUAGCUAGGUGAAAACGAAUGUUUAUUAUACUAGUGUACACCUUGUUAUAUACAGAUUAUUGACUUUCAUAUAACAAGCCAAUGAUUUCAUUAAUUCUGAGGUAAUAUGUGUCAAUUAAAACGGUACAAUGUCUGUUUGCAUUCCGAGGAUCAGUGCUUGCAAAAAAUAUUUAAACAGUUAAUGUUUAGAAUUUUAUUGUACAAAAACAGUUUAUAUGUUGCAGGUUACAUUUACAAAUAUCAUGGUUACUAUUUACACCAUCUAUCAGCUGUUAACUAAUAUGUGUCCACUUUGUACUGGAGCAGUAAGUUUUAUCCAAGUGUUCUAUGCCUGAAAAUAAUAAACAUGUGUCAGAUUACCAGUUUUUCACUUCAAAAACGUUAUAUGAGUAAAAUAUCUCCAUAUUUGUAUCAUUUAAAUAGAAUGACCUACAGUAAUGUGUGUGAGAAUGAAAACAUGUAUUUCCAAAUCUCAUUUAGUUCUUGGGCUAAUUCAAGAGUACUGUUUAUUUUUUAUUUUUUUUUGAAGAAUUGCUUUGACAAUAGUUGGCAGUAUCGUAAAAAUAACAUACAUAUCAAGAAAAGUAUCAAAACUUAAAACUUAUAACCGGUUAAAACAAAACUUCUUGUUUGAUAAACAUGAGCAAGAAAAGAAACAUAACUCCAUCAAUGAUUGAUACUUCAGUGCUACCUUUAGAAAUGAUGAGUUUGCGGUAAAUUAUACUUAUUUUCAAGGAAUUAAGAAUUACCCACUUACAUUUCGCCAAAGAAAUGGGUCCCUCCUGCUAUGAACCAGCGCUUUGCUGAAAACAUAAUGUCAGUGAUAUGUUAACUAGAGGAACCGUGCGCGUGUGGAUUGCCCGUACAGCCGGGAAACCUUGUUGAUGUUAUCCCUGUCUACAGUGCUAUAAUCCAUCCUACAUUUUUGUAAUUUUAUGCAUGAAUAAACAAAGGAAAGGCUGUUGUAAAUACUUGUUUCAAUAUUGUACCAAUUUAA